CAUGGCGGCGUCGCGGCAGACCUCAAGCCGCAGCGUUCAGCGCAUGGAGCCUAGCGGCUCCGCCGAAUCGUCUGUCGCCACCCGGACACCAGUGCCCACCUUGUCGUCCCCGUCCCCGGAGCUGCCUGUCUCGCCGGGGCAGGUGGCCGAGCUAUCGGGCAAAAACCUGUGGGAGCAGAUCUGCGAGGAGUACCAGGCUGAGCUGCCUCCCUUUCCAAAAGGAUAUGAAGUCAAACAAGAGCCUGAAAUUACUGUUUCGCCCCUGGAGGAGACGGUUUCCCACGGCUUCAACAUAGAGCACUAUUUCCCACCCCCGCCUUUCACCAGGGUCUCACAUAUACCCUGUCCUCUAAAGAUCUCAGAAACUGUUGAUCCAAAAACAUGUUCCCCCAGAAAAUAUUUGGAAACCUACAUCUUUCCAAUCCUGCUUCCUGGGAUGACUAGCCUCCUUCACCAGGCAAAGAAGGAAAAGUGUUUGGAGAGGAAAAGAACCAAAUUCAUUGCCUGUGAUUUCCUUACUGAGUGGUUAUACAACCAAAAUCCAAAGAGGACAGGGGCACCGUUCACAGAAUUUUUCUCUAUUCCAUUUGUGGAUGCAUGGCUAAAAGAUCACCCUCGACCACCAAUCCCACUGUCCCUCCUGCUGACUGACGUGGACGCUGCGAUUGCCAUUCAGUCCUUCUGGAGAGCCUAUCUGGYUCGCUGUGAUCCCGAGAUUCAAGAACUGCGUACCUGGCAGAAGAAGCUACGGGAGGACAAGUACAUUCGCCAUCGAGUGAGAAUAUUCUGGAUGAAACAGGAGCGCAAAGUGAAAUGCACCAUGGAGGAGUACCMGGAGCCAGCCCACCGGACUCCAGCACCAUGACCAUCACCCGGAUCUCUUCCCUCCAGCGCAAAUUACCCCGGGCAAGGAAAAUGUCCAAAUUGUGCUUUCUCUCUUGUGAUUUCUUUAAUGACAAGACUCAGUACAUGUGAAAACAGAAUCUUUUCUGCACAAAAUAGGAUCUGUCACAAACAUGCUUAGUGCAAUACUUUAGAAAAAUACCUGUCUUAACUUUCUGCAUUAUCCCAAAAUUCAUUCUUUAUUCUAGAUGUUUCUUCAGUGCUUCAGGAGCAUACUAUGCCAACUGCUAGCAAAACAUAUGAUGGAAAUCUAGUCCCAAGAGAAGUUGAAGUGCUGUUGUUCCACUUUUGCAAAAUUCCAUAUUUAGGUCUCAAAUCUCUGAAUUUCUUUUGUGGUGGUUGUUGUUUGGUUUUGCAGUUCUGGGGCUCAAAACCAGACUCUUGGACAUGCUGGGCAAGUGCUCUGCUACUGGGCUACAUCCCCAGGCCCGAGAUGAGAGACUGAAACUCAGACAACAAUCACAAAGGAUUUUUUGUUGUCGAGUUUCCCAAGUAUUAUAGAAAGUUCCAGCUUCUAUKGGUAAAUUAAUUAACUUAUUGCCCUUAUUUGUUCUGUGGUUUGCUGCUAACCAGGAUUCUCUCAUUCAAAAUGCCACAGUCUCAGCCGAAAGCCCAGUCGUGGUAUUGAGUCGUUUUGAUAAGCUCCCACACAUCUUAAGUAAAUAGUAAAGCCUUUAUUUUUGUGUUAAGAACAGCAUUUUGAAAAUAAAACYUAUCUGCCCAUGCUUAACAACCUUUUAAAUUUAUAAUAUUUAUAUACAGUCAUGUAUGGUACACAUUGAUUGUCUUAAAAUUUCUUGAAUAAUUUUUUUUUAUAAGUAAGCAAGUCAGCCAGGGGAAGAUAAAGGUCCAUUAUAAAACACACAUUAAUACAUUUAAUAAAUAUAUAUUAUCUAUCAAAAAUGAGCCUUAGCUCUUUAAUCAAUUAAUAAAAAGCACCUGCUGAGAACACCCAUAAGCUGGUAUAAUCRUUGCAUCCUUGGAUUAUAAAAGCACUAUGCCCCCUUUUAGCCUGGGGUUCUGCCCGAGGCAUUCCACCCAGCCUCGGCCAACCUAGAAAAACAUCCAGCGUGCCCGUGAUCAGUGUCCUGUCGGCACCUGUGCACUGGUCACCCAACUUCCAACACCCGACCUUAAUCCUGGAAACACCGGAACCCACAGGACUUCCCAGUUUGUAACACUCUCGAAGCUCAUUCCCUUAUACCCACCCUCCAUCUCUAACGGGGGGACAUCUAGGGCAGAAUGACAAUUUUCCGUUCAAUGGGAGGACAAGAGUGGAUGUUACAGUCCCAAAGCGGUUUCUAACUGGACAGGGGACUUGUGCUUACAAUUAGGGAUUAUUCACAGCUGCUGCCUCGGGGCCUUUCCCCCAAACAAGUCCUGGUUGCGUGAAUGGAUCUUCAACAGAGGUGCCUUCCAUCCUGGGUUUAAACCUCGGUGAGCCAAGAUGAAUUCUGGAGAAGACAGCCAACUCUCCCUCCUGCCCUCACCCCCAUCUCUGCCCCAUCCUAAGAACAUCCAGCCCACCUUGAGCCUUACAGCCAAAAUAAAACAAAACCCAAAGCGCAAUAACCUAUCAGGAAUUUUAAAAGGGAGGAAAGUCUCAUUAAGUGAGGAU